AUGACUUCACCAGCUUCAAAUGUUUUACCGGUCGGUGUGUUUGGUGUUAAACCAUUUGAUGGACAAAAUUUUGCAAAUUGGUUUUUUCGGAUAAAAUUGGUGUUGGAACAGAACGAAGUACUUUAUGUAAUUACAGAGAACCCUCCUGCAGAUGCCAAAGAGUUAAAAACUUUCAAAACCGCUGAUGUUAAGGCAAGGUCUAUUUUGAUUGGUUGCAUGUCUGAUAACAUCCUGAUUUUAAUAAAAGAUAAAACUUCAGCAAAAGAAAUCGUGGACACUCUGUCUAAAACUUACGAGAAAACCGGAAUGAAAAGUGUUGUGAUGGCACAGAAAUCAUAG